AUGUGCGGGGAUGCUCGCGCCAACUUCAAGAACACGUGGGGCCCGGUGACAGUCAACGAUCUGAAGACGUUCAUGGAGCUCGAUUGCAAGAAUAAGUUCUCAGGUGCCGAGGGUCUCGCCUGCAAGGCUUUCGUCGAUCAGAAAUCCUCCCAGAUGCUCGACGAUUUCAAGGCUGGCCUCACCGAUCAGCAGAUCUGCGUCAAGGGCGGAAUCUGCAAA